AUGGAGGCCAAAGAACUGAUUGAAAGCCUCAAGGCAGAACUCACUUGCUCCAUCUGUCUGGGCUACUUCACAGACCCAGUGACUGCCCUCAAAUGUGGGCAUAAUUUUUGCAAAGACUGUCUCUUCCAGUGCGGUGAGCAAGCUGAUGCUACACUAACUUGUCCUGAGUGCAGAGCUGUCAUUAGAUACAGUGACAUUGUGCUCAACGAGAACCUGCAGGAUUUGUCCAUCACUGGCAAAGCUCUCAGACAGAAAUUAUUAUUGAGCAUGGCACUUCUGACCACCUGUAAUCAACAUGGAGAAAAAGAAAAACUCUUUUGUGAGCAAGACCAAAAACUAAUUUGUGAGUCCUGUUUAUUUACCCAAGAGCAUGAGGAUCACCAAGACAUUCCCUUGCAAAUGGCUGCUGACAAAUGCAAGAAGAAACUUGAGGAGACAUGGAAUAUGUUACAAGGAAAGAAGGAGGAAUUUAAAAGGGCAAUCGAUGAACUGAGAAUAUCAGAGGCAUAUUUUAAGGGGGACACAGAUGAUUAUAAGGAGUUAAUUAAAUCUGAAUACAGAAAAAUGCAUGAGUUCUUAUGGAAAGAAGAAAAUAAACACAUGCAAAAACUGGACCAGGAAGUACAAGACAAACUGGAAAAAGUCAAGGAGAAUGAAGCCUCUCUGUUUCAACAAAUUCAACAUCUGCAACAAAGGUUAUUAGAAAUAGAGGAGAGUUUGGACAAGGCACCCUUGGAAAUGCUCCAGGAUAUGAAAGGCAUCCUGGCAAGGAAUGAGGAGCUGCUACUUCAAGAACCAGAGAUUAUUUUCCUCACUUAUACAACUUACCCUAUGACUUGUUUAACAGAAAUUCUGAAGAGCUAUGAAACGGAUAUCACACUGGGUCCUGAAACAGACAGUUUUCAUCUUAUUGCACCUGAAGAUUUUAAGCAUUUAAAGUAUGGACAUGACUCACAAGACCAGCCUGACAAGGAAAAAACACUUGACUAUUUUGUUACUGUGUUGGGGGCUCAGACUUUUACCAGUGGAACACACUAUUGGGAAGUAGAUGUGGAAGCUGCUACAGGCUCCAGACCUGUUGUGUUUGCUGCCCACCCCACCCGGCUCAGCCUCGUUGUCACUUCCUGCCUGCAGCCUGUAGCCCAGAUCGUCCUCACCUGA